AUCCAACAAGUUAAAAACCCCCAGAAAAAAGGGUGGAAAAUGUUGAAUAUACAUCUUAAUGCAUUUGGAAGUUUGGUGUCAUGUCGGAGCUCCUUGCCACUGCUCGUUCAUAAGCGCGUGGAUUUAUGCUCGUUUAACAAGAAGCCUAGGAGGUUUUUAUCCGCACACAACAAUAGUACAUUGUUACAAGCCACACUGAGCUACGCAGUACACCGGCGAUCUUCAGACGAUCAUCCUACAAACUGGGACCAUGACUUCAUCCAAUCUAUCCAAAGCCCUUAUGCAGAUGGUGAAUUUAGAAAAAGGAUUGAGGAGCUGAAGAUUAAGGUCAAGCACUUUUUUAGUGCAUCGGAUGUUCCGACAGUUGAGCUUGAACUCAUCGACAAGAUCAGCCGGUUAGGCCUCGCCUACUAUUUCAGUGAGGAGAUUGGAAAUUUACUUGCAAGGAUGCAGAAGGAGGGGCGUGAAUCACUUCAUGGUUUGAAUGAGACUGCACUUUGCUUUAGGCUCUUACGACAACAUGGCUAUAAUGUGUCCUCUGAUGUAUUUAAUAAGUUCAGAGACAGCAAAGGAUUUAUGAAUUGCUUAGCUCAAGAUGCAAAGGGAUUAUUGAGCUUAUAUGAAGCUGCCCAUCUCGGAUUUCCUGAGGAGAAUAUACUAGAUGAGGCUAAAGAAUUCAGCGUUAAGCACCUAAAAGAAAUGUUGACAAGGGAAGAUGACGACUCAAAUCUAGCUGAGCUAAUUAAACAGUCUCUUGAGGCUCCAUUACAUCAUUUGAUGCCAAGGAUUGUAGCUAGGGAUUAUAUUGUUCUGUAUGAGAAAGAAGAAAGAAAAAUCUCAUGUUUGCUUGAGCUUGCCAAGCUAGACUUCAAUGUUAGUCAGGCCUUGUACCAAUCAGAGGUGAAAGAAGUAUCGAGAUGGUGGCAAAAAGUCGGUUUGACAAAGAAGGUUCAAUUGUUUAGAGAUCAUUUGUUUGAGAGCUACCUUUGGGCAAAUCAAAUUGCAUCAGAGCCGAAGUUUUCAAAGUUUAGGAAGGUGCUUACAAAGUUCGCUAUGAUUUCAUGCAUCCUUGAUGAUUUCUAUGAUCGUUAUGGCUCACCAGAAGAAGUUAGGCUUUUCACUUCAGCAAUUAGAAGAUGGGAUCUUAAGGCAAUGGAGACCCUCCCAGACUACUUGAAGUUAUUGUAUUUUAUACUAUACAACUAUGCGAAUGAGACGAUAUAUGAUAUCCUUAAGAAUUUUGGAUGGGAAGCGACACGCUUCAUAAAAGCUGAGUGGAUACAUAUAUGUGAGGCUGCCUUAAAAGAAGCAGAAUGGUCACGUAGAGGGGAUAUCCCUUCUCUUGAGAAGUACUUGGAGAAUGACUUGGUCUCUGGGGGCCUAACUGUUCCUGUUCACAUCUAUUAUUUCAUUGAGGAAAACCUAACAAAAGAUAAACUUGAUUGGCACAACAAAGGAUAUCAAAUUUCAUAUUUGUCUUCAUUGAUUGUUCGACUUACCGACUAUUUGGCGCUAUCUCAGGCUGAGACGCAAGAAGAGAAGAUAUACUCAUCGAUCCUUUGCCACAUGAAAGACUCUGGCGAAUCCUAUGAAAAAAUCAAGUACGUCGAGGAUAUGCUUAAGAUUGCAUGGAAGUGUCUUAACAAGGAAUCUCUCAACAAAGAAAUCCCGAGGAACUUUGUUCAUGCAUCCAUGAACAGUGCAAGAGUUGUUUCUACGAUGUUUCGGAAAGGAGAUGGUUGUGGACGCACAACUGGCAUAACAGAGGAGUGGAUCAAAUCCUUGUACAUUGAACCAAUCCCUUUGUAAUAGUAUCAGUUACCUCUGUCUAAUUUCUUUGUGUAAAUUUCUCUUUGUGAAGACAAUAUGAAGCAAAUGCUGGAUGCUUUAUGGAGAUUUUGGAUCUAAUCUAAUCUCCAUCUAUUAAAUUUUUGUUAGGGUUAA